AAUUAUGGUACAGUCUGUACUACAGACCCUUCCAAUUAUUUUGUUCUGGAAAUAAUAUGCAUCAUCAAAGGUUUUUCAAUUAAUGUUUUGACAAUAAAAUUGGUUUGUGUAUACGAUGAUUACGAUGUGACAUCGAUAUCAAAAUUUGUAUACUACAAUAACAGAUAAAUGAUAACAUGAUAAGGCUUGAACAUUUUGAAAACAGACCGGCGUUAAAAAAUGUCAUUAUUUACUGAUUUAUUCACUUACUAGUAAAGUAGUCGAUUUAACAUUUUAUUUAAACGUUAUUAAACAUCUAAAGUUACAUUGUUUUUGCUAUUGCUAAACCACCACGUUUAAUGCUAUAAAAAAAAAAAAAAAAAAUGAAAAUACCUAAUGGAUACUGUGACUUACGCGUCGAGAGUGUCAACGGCGAAAUGAUUAAUGCAUUUAUUAAACAUGGGUAUGCUUUGAUUGCUGUAAACACUACAGUAAAUUGUUCAUUACUAAGCAAUGGAGGUUUGAACAAAAAAAAAAGAAAAUUUACAGAAUGUAAUGAUGAAGAUGAUGAAGAAAAAGACUGGGUACCUACACCUAAAUUAAUAAAUGAUAAUGAUUCCAAAUUGACCAUUCUAAAUCGAUUAACGAUACAAAUAUCCAAUAUUGGCCAGUUGCAAAAAAUAUUGAGUUCUCAAAAUUUCAAAUUGUAUAAUAUCCUAGCAGUAGAACCGUUAGAUGAUAAAGUUUUUCAGGACAUAGUGACUUCUCCUUCAAUCGAUAUAAUAACUUGUAAUAUAAACACAUCCAUUACUCCAAAGGACUACACAAUCGCAGUUGAAAAAAACAUUUAUUUUGAAAUAUCUUAUGGUCCAAUGUUAUUUAGUUCUAUUACACGUCAAGAUACAUUUACUUUAGCUCAUCUACUUUAUAUUAAAGGAAAAUCAAAAAAUUUAAUAAUUACAAGUGGAGCAGCUAAUAAACUAGACAUACGUAAUCCUCAUGAUGUAAUGAAUUUAGGUAUUUUAUUAGGUCUUUCAGGAAAACAAUCAAUAAAAUCAAUUACUCAAAGAUGUUAUUCAAUUAUUUUAAAGAGCUAUGGUCGGAAAUUGGGAAAGUCUGCUAUACAUUUGAAACCAGUAAUUAACAAUACCUGAUAUUAAAAACAAUUUAUGAUACAUGUUACUAAUUUGAUAUUAAAUUUUGAAUGUAUUAUGUUUAUAGUAAUAAUUCAUUAAAUAUUAUUAUUUACAAUUUA